GCUUGCAAAUGCAGGUGUUGGCUUUUAUUAUUAUAAUGCACGGAUUAUAUACUUGAACCCGUUUUCUUAUAGCUACACAAUCGUCAAUUGCAUUCGGAAUAGUCUCAAAAUGUGCCUCUAAACUAGCUAGCCUGUAAUAUCACUAAUGCUAACGUUAGGUAGGUAGCUUGCUAGCUAGUUAGCAUCAGUUAGUCCCUUGAGUUAGUUAUCGCGGAAUGCUGGAAAGAAACAAAUUCCCAUAUAAAAAGUAAUCAGCCAGCCAGGCAUCGUGUAUUGUUGUAGCUGGCUAGCAAUUUCUGCUCAGCCUUGUAAACUUCGUGGGGAAUCUCGGUCUAGGACGUGGUCAACAACACCUACUAGGCCUUACAGUUUGCAUGAUAAAAGUUAUGGGAACUCGUUGGUGACAUCAGAGGUUCCCUUUCUUCAGACAGAGCCAUACUUAGUUCCGACAGGAUGAUGGCCAAAGAUGUUGGUCUGAUGGAAACCAAUGGAGAACUGAAGGUUUUUAUUGACCAGAAUCUGAGUCCUAGUAAAGGUGUCCUGUCUCUGGUUGCUGUCCAUCCUGCGUCCAUCCCUGUGGCCAAACAACUACUGCCCAAAACACUGGGGCUCUCCAAUGUCAACAUUGCUCCACACAUGGUGAUUGGUACGCCUCAGAGGCCCAGUGUUUCCAGUGCCAUACUGGUGAACAGCCCUCACACACCCAGCUCCCAGUUCCUCACACAGAGCCAGCCGGCCGACGCUUCGCCUUGGUCAUCGGGGAAGCGUGGUAAGAAGGGGGAGAAGAAUGGCAAGGGCCUGAGGCAUUUCUCCAUGAAGGUGUGUGAGAAGGUGCAGAAGAAGGGUGUCACCACCUACAACGAGGUAGCAGAUGAGCUGGUGGCAGAGUUCAGCGCUGCAGACAACCACAUCUCCCCCAACGACUCUCAUGUGUAUGACCAGAAGAAUAUCCGUAGGCGUGUGUAUGAUGCGCUCAAUGUGCUCAUGGCCAUGAACAUAAUCUCUAAAGAGAAGAAGGAGAUCAAGUGGAUCGGUCUGCCCACCAACUCGGCCCAGGAGUGCCAGAACCUAGAGGUGGAGAGACAAAGGCGACUGGAGAGAAUCAAGCAGAAGCAGUCACAACUCCAAGAGCUUAUAUUACAGCAAAUAGCCUUUAAGAACCUGGUUCAGCGGAACCGACAGACAGAACAGCAGACCAACAGACCUCCACCCCCCAACUCUCUCAUCCACCUCCCGUUCAUCAUUGUUAACACUAGCAAGAAGACCGUUAUCGACUGCAGCAUCUCCAACGACAAGUUUGAGUACCUGUUCAACUUUGACAGCAUGUUUGAGAUCCACGAUGACAUUGAGGUGCUGAAGCGCAUGGGCAUGGCUUGUGGCCUGGAGGUGGGCAAGUGUUCCCCGGAGGACCUGAAGGUGGCACGCAGCCUGGUGCCCAAAGCCCUGGAGCCCUACGUCACAGAGAUGGCCCAGGGCCCCAUCAGUAAAGUCUACAUCACUGGAGGAUCCUCCACCAACGGGGGGCGCCAUCAUGGCCAGGGCAGUGACAGUGGUGCAGAUGGUACCCUGGCCUCCAGCUCUAAUGACUCUCACUACAGCGGCUCCCGUGUUGAGACCCCUGUGUCGUACAUGGGGGAUGAUGACGAGGAGGAUGACUUUGAUGAGAACGACGAUGAAGAUUAACCUCCUGCCACUCCACGCCUCUCCAACAAGCAGUCUGUCUCUGCAUCUCUCUGUCGCUUUUUCUCAAGGGCGUUGAAGAAUGUUUGAGUAUGGAGGCUGUGCAACCCUCUUCUCAGAGCGGGGUCCUAAAUCACAUGAUAGCCAAUGGCUCUCUGGGAAGUGUGGUCUAUGGCUUUGGCACUGUGCUGCGUCCUUUCUGUGUAUUAUCACCCUCUUCUUGGCAAGCCAUCCCGCUGGAGAAUAAAGCAACAACAAAAAAAUCUUCCAGACAUCUCACUGCUGUUGGAGAAUGUAUAGUGUUCCUUGUGUGUGAAAUAGUUAUCUUUAUUAUGUUUUGAUUACGUUGGACAGACUCGAUGGCGAACCAUUGUUUCAAGAUGGCUGCCAGUGCAACUGCCCCCAGAACGCUGGCUCAGAGACACCUACUGGAUCCAAAAUGGCCGAUUUUUAGUUGCCACAACGCCCUAAGAAAGAUUGAGACUCCCCUUUUGAAAGUGUGGACACUAUUUUGUUACACCCCCCACUGCUAUUUGUGGCAUUGAUUUCAAGCAGAGAAUUUUUAUCUGCUCCCCCCAGUGUUGGGCUAGCUUCCUCUCGUUCUGUAGGAAGCUGCUUUUCUGUUCCUUGUGGUAGUGUUUACAAAUGACCGGCACCAGCGAGGAAAAUAACUCCUGCCCACGCUAACUAUAGGAAAAUGUUAAGCUUUGUUUGUGAAAUGAUGUAAACGGAUCCUGUGAAGAUUGUAGUUUAUAGCAUCUUUUACAGGUCAGUGUCGGAAGGAAGACCUGGACAUUAUCGAUGUAUCAAAUAUGUGGGUUGUGUAGGUCUCUAUGGACUCCCUUCGAAGAUCUCCUUUUUCAAACUGAACAACCCAUGUACUGACUCUUCCAAAAUACCUUUUCUGUAAUCUAAUAUAAGUUUGAAAAUUAAAUAUAGAGAAUGUUUUAACAAGUUGA